AUGUACACAUAUCCCCAUCCUCUACCAUCAACCAUUGAUGCCAAUUCACUAACGCAAGUCGACCUCCCCAGGAUCGAACCCUCCCUCCGGCUCCGGCGCGCCAUCCAGGCCAACGACGCAGCCCUCGUCAAGCGCAUCCUCAAAACCCACCCGGCCCUGCUCCAGAACCCCGACACCUCCCCCGCGGGGCUGUCCAACUCGAGCCUCCACCUCGCCGCCUCCCUCGGCCACCUGCAGAUCUGCACCCUGCUCGUCUCCCUGGGCCACGAGCGGCCCUGCCCGGCCCUCAACGAGCACCACCAGACGGCCCUCAUGCUCGCCGCCGCCGAGGGCCACACCGAGGUCGUCCACUUCCUCUGCGAGAGCGACCCCUCGGCCAUCCUGCGCCGCGACGCCCGCGGCCGCGACGCCGUCAUGGAGGCCAGCCGCGGCGGCCACGACACCGUCCUGCAGAUCCUGCUGACCUACGUGCCGGGCGGCGCGCAGGCCGCCGUCCAGAAUGCCGACAUCGAGGGCAACACGGCGCUGCACUUUGCCAGCAUGAACGGCCACCUGCUCGUCCUGCGGACGCUGCUGGCCGCCGGCGCCGACGCCGAGCGGCGCAACGUAUGGAACUGGACGGCCGUGUCCUACAGCGCGACCGUGGCCGCCGAGGUCUAUCUCAAGGGCUUGAUACAGGAGAUGGAGCGGCGCAAGCAGGUGCGGAGGGACGCCGGCUCGCCCAGGAAGGGGGCCGGGGUGCGCUUGGUGGAGGAGGAGGUCGAUGCGCGUACGUGA